ACACUAGCCAACGUAACCGUAACAGAUACCCAAAAAUCGUUUCUAUGACUUUUUAACCUCAAACAGUGAAGAAGAAGACUAAAAGCCUAAACACCACAAACAUUAAUAAUAGCUCACUCUCCAUUUCAAACAAAUCCUUUCGGAUUCUCAAUUUCUUUCAUUUUUUCAUCGGAGAUUCUUCUGAGAUUUUCUUGGCGAUCAAAGACGAGGAGGAUCGAUAGAUUUUAUGGUUUUGAUUGAUUGAUUUGUGAAAUCUAUCUGCAUUUGUUUUUUUUGACUCGAAAUUCUCAGAUUCGGUUAAUAAAAAAAAUCUGAAUAUGAAUAAACAACCGAGUCUCCGUCGAAGUCUAUCAACGCCGUCUCUAUGUGGCGGAGGAUCUACGACGGCUGAGUGUUGCGGUGGUACGACGGCGAGUUGUGCAGCCUUAUGUCUAUGCGCUCCUUGUAGCGUCGUGAAUCUCGUCGUACUCGCUGUAUACAAGCUCCCUCGUGGACUCUGCCGCCGCGCAAUCCGCCGUAUACGACGGAAACGAUUAGCGAAAAAGGAGUUUGUAGAGAGUGGAAGAGAGUUUGGUAGAGGAGGGAGUUCUCAAUUCGCUGUUCACCCGUUAGAGAGCAGAGAUGAGGAAGAAGAAGAAGAAGAAGAAGAUGAGGCUGUGAUUGCGUUGGAGAAGGAGAUGUGGAGCAGAUUUUACAGUGGUGGUUUCUGGCGAAGCCUUUCUCAAGCUGAAACGGCGUCGUCUCCCAAAAACAAUUAGGCGAUGAUUUUUUUUUAAGUGUAGAUUUGAUUCAAUGUGUAAUGUAAAACCAAUGUGAAUUGGAGAUCAAUGUUGAUAAAAUGUGUGUUUUGUGCAAUGGUCAAGUGUGACCUUUCGAUUUUUCUGUGGCUUUCAAUCAAAUCUUUUGAAUUGUGACUAUACAAUGUGACAUAAACAGUAAAGAAUUGAUGAUAGCUAAAAACUAGAGAC